AUGAAUGGGUACGCCAAUGGCGCCAUUGAAACCAAUGAUAAGGAUAAACCUACCCCAUUCCCGAAACUCGAGGAGGAGUUUGGCUACAGUGGACAGGAGCGAGAGUUUCGAGAGAGCAACAAGCUGAGGAAGCGUAAUGACGGCGCCCCAGGCCACAGGAGAUCCGUCUCUGGAAACCUGCUCUCACGUCUGAGCUUCCUCCGAACAAACAGCGAUCAGGACAAGACAGAGGGUGGCGAUCGAGAUGGCUCGGAUUUUCCUCAUCGAGGGCGAGGUGCCAUGGCGGAAGCACAAGCCCAAAGCAAGAGAAAGAGGAAGGGGUCAUUGAGGAAAACAGUUCUGGGAAAAGGACGAGACAGAAAGACCUCCGAUGUCAAAAAGUCACCUCUGUCCGGUGCAAGCUCGCCUUCCGUGCAGCCGACAGACGAAGAACAAGAAGCGCCGCCGACUCCUCGUGCCAGACAAGAUCUGUCAAGCCCGGCGUCGCCCGACUCUCCCCCUUCAUGGCCAUUUCGCACAUUAUCACGCGUCUCAAUACCCUCGAUCCGCAGCAGUAUAGCAUCUGUCGAUCCAGCCUCGUCUACAGCCUCCAUCAUCAGCCCAAACUUGGCCACUACCGAUGCCUCAACAGAUGACGAAGACCUCGUGUUACCGGGCAUACCUGCAUUGCGGAAACUCCCAUCGCCGUCCUCUUUUGGGACAGAUUCCUAUUUCCCCAUCCAAGAUCCGAUGCGUCGGAUGUUCGGCUCCCGCACGCGCUCGCCGCUAGCUACACAACCACAGUCUAUCGCCGGCACGCCGCCUGACGAAGAUGUCUGGGACUACUCCGAAACCGCGUUUUGGGGUUACGUCAUUUUGUUUGUGACGUGGAUUGUUUUCGUCGUGGGCAUGGGAUCUUGCUUCGGAUUGUGGUCAUGGGCUUGGGAUGUGGGAGAAACACCAUACGCGCCGCCAGAGCUGGAGGAUGAUCCCACCUUACCCAUUGUUGGGUAUUACCCGGCGCUGAUGGUCUUGACGUGUAUCAUGGCUUGGGUCUGGGUGGUAGUAGCGUGGGUGGGGAUGAAAUAUUUCAGACAUGCGGAUUUCAGAGGAGAUGACGGCUAA